AUAGGCAUGGGUGGAAAAUGGAGGAGAUUGCGACUAUGGUGGACCCGGAGGAUUUGGAAUUGGUUCGAACUAUACCGAUUAGUUGAAGUGGGUGUGAGGAUAAACGAAUAUGGCAUUAUACUAAGAAUGCGUUGUAUUUGGUGAGGUCCGGGUACCAUGUUGAGAUGGAGAUGAUGAAAAAUGGCGAGUUUGGGAGGAAGGGGAGCGGGAUGUCAAGUUCACCAGGUGCAUUGUGAGGGAUGUGGAAAAGGAUAUAGACUCUUGCAGUCCCGAAUAAACUCUGGUUUUUUCUUUGGAAGGCUAGUAGAAAAGCUUUGGCGGUGAGGCACAAUUUGGAGCGUCGGCGGAUCCGAGUAGUGAAUUGGUGUGAACUUUGCGGAGCGAGUGAUGAAACUGAGGCUCAUCUCUUCUUUGAUUGUGAGUUUAGCCGUGCAUUUUGGUUUGGGAUGUCGUUGCAAAUUAAUAUGGCAGGUAUGGGGGUCAAUGAUUUUUUGGAGGGUUGGCAGCGAAUCGUGAAGCACUUGGAGAAGGAGGAGGAUGCCGAGUUGAUAUUGCAGCAGAUGGUUUUUGGGCUUUGGCGUAUUUGGAAAUGCAGGAAUGAGGUGGUUUUCCAGGGGGUGUGGAUUCUACCGCAUGUGGCUGUGGAAUUAUGGCAGCGGCAUGUGGAGGAGUUUAGGGAUGCUAUGAUUGAUACGAUGGGGGAUGGAGGGGAUCAAAGGGAUUCUAGGUUGUCUGGGGAAGGGAAAUGUCCAGGGGUGGGGCUCGAGGAGGGUGCGGGGCAAUGGCAGAAACCUUCAUUUGGGGAGCUAAAAUUGAAUUGUGAUGCGGCAUGGAGAAAAGACACGAAGGAGGGAGAGGUAGGGUGGGUGCUUCAGGAUUUUGCUGGGAUCCCAAAGCUUAAGGGAAGGGUAGGAGAGGGGCGGUUUGGGGCUGCGAAUAUGGCAGAGGUGGAGACGAUUAGGCAAGGUUUGGAGACGGUUGUGGGGAGCGAUGUUAUGGAGGCCAGUACUAGAUUGGUGGUGGAAUCGGAUUCCAAGGGAUUGAUUCAGAUACUAAAUAAUGAGAUCACGGUCGAUGUGACUCUUGAGACUUAUCCCCAAGAUAUUUGGAGGAUGGCUAGCUUAUUCCAGUUGGUGAGGUUUUGCUUUACCCCUCGUCAAUGCAAUCGUGCAGCCCACUCGGUAGCAGCAUACGUCAAUAAGCAUGACGGGAGAUUUGGUUGGAAUGGGUAA